AUGGAUAUGAGUUUUGAAGGAGGGUUUGUGGUGUUGGAGAGGUUGACAAGUGCUCAGAGUGUUGGGGAAGUGAAAUCCGUGAAAGGAGGGGGAAGGUUGGAUCAACUAGAUAGAGGAGAAAUUGGUAGAGGAGAGCAGAGGUGGGAUGAGAGACAGAGGUAG